AACUCAAAUCUGCUAUCUCACGAAGCAUUGUGGGAAAUCAAAAUGGACACCGGUCAGGAAGAGUUGCGUCGUCAGCCAAAGUUACGAGGUGGUCCACUUGGGUUAGGUGACCCUAAUGACAAGUCAUUGAGAAAAGUGGAGGUAGAGGUACUCAUACCAAAAAAAAUGAGAGAGAAGGCCAAGACUGACAAGUGUGCAAAAGAGGUUGAAGACUUCAACAAAUGUUGCAAGGAGUCCAGUUUAUCAAUGGUCAUCAAGUGUCGCAAGGAGAAUGAUGCCCUGAGGGACUGUCUGACAAGGUGGUAUCAAGAUGAAGAUUUCAAAAGAGAAUGCCAGGAGGAAUAUUUGUCAGAGAGAACUGAAUUUCGAAGGACAGGCAUUAGCCCAAAAUACAGAAAACAAGUGGAACAGCAUUCAGUGUAGUGAUUUCGUAUGAUACAGUUAACAAAUCAAUUGUGACUGCCCUAGUAUAUAUUAAUAAAUCCCAAAAUUUCUUUGAUGUAAUGAUAUGGUGGGAGAGAUGAUGAAGUGCAAAAUCAUAAACAACAGCUGGAGGCAAGAUGAGAAUUUUGGAUCUCAUUCUUUCAUAGUAGUGUGAAAGUAUUAAACUUUGUGAGGAAGAAUAAUGUUAUCAGAAAAAGACUAAUAAAAAAUAUUUCUUUUUUUCAUAUUA